AUGCCUGCUCUGUGUACGCGUUUAGCGGUCGUGGAGACUGUGCAACAGUUGUCAAGAGACUUCGCAUCGGCUUACGCCAAAGAGACACAGGACCCAGAAGCUGCUUUCGCGAACGUAGGAAGAAGCCGAGCGUGCGUGGCUCCCGCAACUUCUGCCCAGCCGACUAUUCUCCCGCCAGACGAUCCGUGUCAUGGUGGCGGCGCCUAUUCCUGGAAGCGCCUCGCAGUAGCUUUGUUGCUGGAGUUUGCAUCCCUAGAUGACAGCUCUCAGCGCUUAGUUCAACUUUCUGACUGCGUGUCCCAGGCCGAAGGUAUCCUGCCUCAGUGUUUGUCGUUUCGCGACCUUUUAUCCGCCGACAGGCUAAGCCCUUGCAAAGCAGAGGAUUCCUUUGCGGGCAUGAGACCUGGCGUAUCUCCAGUCGGAACGGCUGAGAGUUCCUCCGGUCACAGCGCAGGGAGCGGAACGGGGGCUGCGUUCCAGAAGAAGAAAAAAGCAGCCUCAGCCGCAACGACGGGCGACGCUAUUAAGGACGCCACAAUUCCCAAAGAGAUGGGUGCAGGGGGCCAUGGCCGCCUGCUCCAGUCGCCUGGAGUGGCGGACAACGGGAAUUCGGUUCAGUUCAGUUUACUGGAUCAGUGUCUCACCGCGGCAGCGGGCAUGCUAUGUGACAUUAUGUCUGGAACAGAUAAGAUCAAUAAGCUCGUUGAGUGGGUUCCAGCCGCGGAAGAUGCGAGCUCCAACGUGGCCGCAGGAGCCCAAAGCGCAGCGCUGGACGGACUGUCAAGGAAAGGUGGGUCGAAGAAAGGCAGGAGUAGCUACCAUACAGCCACUUCAGGCAAUGCGGAAAUCGCGUCCGCUUCACUUUGCUUGAAUGCUACUCUAGCGGCGGUCAAAGCUGCUCAGAGAGCCUGUAUGGAGCUGCCCGAGACCGUCCAUGUCGAAUUGUUUCUCCUUUGCUUCCGGUUCCGGAGUUUGCUGGGAGACAAAUUUCAGCGGCUAUGUCGGGCCCUCGAAGUCAGACUGCGCUACAGGCACUUCUUGAACCCGCCGUUGGUGGACUUGUCGGUGGUUUCCUCGUCUCUCUCGGAGACCCAAACGCGCCCAGGAUCCGUGGCGAGCAGCCCGUCGAACGAGGCGGAGUCGCCUCCGUGGACAGUUUUGUCUUGUGAUUUGCGAACCUUCAAACGCGCAGCUCUUCCGGCGGGGGGUCCAGGCAGCACUCCUUCGCCGAGUGGCACGUACCUCGUGGGCCAGCGCUGGGACUGGGAGCGCGUGCUGAGGUCCGUCGCCAGUCGCUGUCAACACCCGGGAGAGCGGGAUGAAGAUGUUUUGGUGGCUGAGAAACAGGAAAUCAUCCGUCGCGAGCUCGAUAGUGUGGCGCUGAUUUGUGACCUGCGCCCGGUGUGGGCGGCGAGCAAAGAAGAAGCCAAGAAACUGUACAGAAAGGGCAGAACGGGACCGGCUGACAUGGAGGCAGACAGGUCUUCAGGCCCCGUAGACGUCGCUGCGGAGCUGCGUUCAACCGUACUCGAAUUCCACGGCCCGCCCCCGCUCAGCGAAACUGUCGCGGACUUUCGGGAGAACAUCUUGAAUGAGAUUGAUAGCGGCCUUAUUCCCUCGGAACAGGCCUCUCUGGUUGCCCUAGAAAUUCCUCUUCGAAAGGCAUGUGACCGGAACGACUCAGACACCCUGACCUCGCCCAAACCGAUUCAGAACUUGUUUUUCGUCUACUUGCAGUGCUCUGGGAGCGUGUGCCAGUUUCGCGGCGGCGGGAGCAGCAGCAGAGCCGUAGAGAGAAACAUCGAACCGGCAGGAGGUGUUUUCGGAGAAAAGCCUGCAGAUACGCUGGAGGCGCUUGGACGCAGUCCCGGGAAGACAGAUAGCGAGACUGGAGGAGAGAGAAACGUUUCGUCGGCGCGCGGCGAAGUUCAAAGCUUGAGACGAAUGACAGAAGGAACAAUAUGGUGGACAGAGAUCGUGAAAAACAAAGCCGGGAUCCCUGGCUGUUCUCUCGCACAUGCACUUCUGCAACCUACAAAGGACCUCGUUCUUGUGGCGUCAAAGCUUCCUUUCUCCCACCCUACCUCGCCGAAAUUCUCCUUACUUCUCCACCCGGACCUAAGGCUCACGCCACCAGAACUCCAGGUAGAGCGCAAACAACUCCACAGGACAUGGCGGUGA